AUGACGUUCUCCAUUACCUUUGCAUACUUGGAUCACGAAAACACAGAAAAUUUCGAAUGGGCGUUGCGUUGUUUGAAGGAGGCCAUGACCAGUUGUCCUCGGCCUAAUUGCAUUGUAACAGAUCGAGAUUUGGGUUUAAUGAAAGCAGUGGCCAAUGUGUAUCCAUCGAGUCAUCACUUGCUGCGUCGGUGGCAUGUGAACAAGAAUAUAGUGGCCAAUUGUAAGAAAUUGUUCACAAAGGACAUCACCAAAUGGAAGCAAUUUCAGUCGGUUUUUUCGGCUCUUAUUGAAAGAAAUACCAUAGAGGAGUUCAAUGAGGAUUGGGAGUCAAUGAAAAGAACAUUUAUCGGUUAUCCUCCGGCUAUAGCAUAUGUAGCUAAUUCGUGGUUGGAUCCGUACAAGGUGAGACUUGUAUCGGUGUGGACAAAUAAGUGUACUCAUUUUGGAACGUACACUUCUAAUAGGGUGGAGGGGGCACACGGACAAAUGAAAAGGGAUGUGCAUAAUUCAACUAGCACAUUUGUGGAUUUGUAUACGAAAGUCCACAACCAAAUUGUCGAACAACACAAUGACAUCAAAGCUUAUUUUGAAGUAAGUAAAAAUACUUACGAACACACUUUCAAAACGUUGAUAUACAAUGAGCUUCGUGGAAGUAUCUCAAAAUACGCUCUGCAACUACUCAAAGUUGAGGUGGACAAUGCGAAACUAUUGCAACCGAGCGAUAUGGGUUGUAGUUGCGCCAUCCGAACAACUCACGGUCUACCAUGUUGCCAUGAACUUCAUGAGUAUGUUGUUGUGAACAAAUGUCCUAUCCCACUUGAGUUAAUAGGCUCGUAUUGGAAACACAUGAGCAUGGAGCCCGUCGCGACCACAGACAAAGUCAUCCUACCAACCAUCGACGAAGAAUUAUCGGAAUACCAGAAGCUCUUUGAAUGUGCCGAUCUCGAUGCAAAAACUCAAUUGCGCAACCAUUUGAGACAUUUUACCCACCCAGAGAAGACUAACCUUACGGAGCCAAGUGAAAAAGUUGUUAGCAAAGGUCGACCGGGAAAAAAUAGGAAAGACAAAUCAAGCACUCGUGACAAAUCACAUUUUGAGUAUGUGGAGCCAAAGAAAAAAAAAUCGAAGCAAGCUAGUUGUUCUCCAAAGCUUAUACCUGUACUGAUGAGAUUACGAGGGCACUCGAAUGAUUCUAUUAACACUAUACCAACUCAAGAGUCAGGAAAAAGCACUAUACAGACGCAAGAGUCGUUCAAACUAUUAUUUGAAGAUGCAGAUGUGGGAUUGCCACCAGGUUUGAUCAGCAAGAAUAAGUACAUUGACACGAUCCAUCCACGAUUUCGUAUGCAUGUUCGAGAAAUCAUCAAUGUCGGUUCAGAUGGACACUGUGGAUUUCGGGCAGUUGCCUCUAUGAUGGGAUUUGGAGAAGAUGAAUGGGGUCGAGUACGAGAUGACAUGCUACGGGAGUUGACUUCUAAUUUUUCCACUUACACGGUCAUGCAACGUGGCGAAGAAACUGUUAGAAGCAUGCAAACUAUUGUGAGUAACUGGGAUGUUCCUGCCACUCGUGACCAUUGGAUGUUUUUUCCAAAUAUGGGUCAUGUAAUUGCUUCAACAUACAAUAUUGUGCUUGUCUACUUAUCCAAGUAUCAGUGUCUCACGUUCCUUCCUCUAUCGAGCGAUCCAAUGCUUUUCAGAGAGAGACAAGAGCACGGAAUGGCAUUCGUCGACAACUGUCACUUCGUGCAUGUUGUCUUGAACAACAAUUGUCCAAUACCUCCAAUCGCCCAUUAUUGGUAA